UUCCCCUCUCCGUGUCCCUUUCCCCUGCCUGCCUCUGCUUUCCAUAGCCUCUCGCCACAGGACACCCGACCCGACUCGAUCUUCUCCAUCCCUCCCCUCUUAUCUCCAACGACGCAUCUCCACACGACGAGCCGCCGAUUCUCGGCUCCCCCAGGAUGUCCUCGCCGAGCAAGCGCCGGGAGAUGGACCUGAUGAAGCUGAUGAUGAGCGACUACAAGGUCGAGAUGGUCAAUGACGGGAUGCAGGAGUUCUUCGUCGAGUUCCGUGGGCCGAACGAAAGUCUCUACCAAGGAGGCGUAUGGAAGGUUAGAGUAGAAUUGCCUGACGCGUAUCCGUACAGGUCUCCUUCAAUUGGUUUUGUCAAUAAGAUAUAUCACCCCAAUGUUGAUGAACUGUCUGGUUCCGUCUGUUUGGAUGUCAUUAACCAGACGUGGAGCCCAAUGUUUGAUCUUGUCAAUGUAUUUGAAGUCUUCCUACCGCAACUCUUAUUAUACCCAAAUCCUUCCGAUCCAUUAAACGGAGAAGCUGCUGCACUGUUGAUGCGUGACCGCCCUGCUUAUGAACUAAAAGUCAAAGAAUUCUGCGAAAAAUAUGCUAAACCAGAGGAUGCUGGUAUAGCUCCAGAAGAUAAUUCGAGCGACGAAGAGCUGAGUGAAGAAGAUGACGAUGACUCCGGUGAUGAUGAGCCCAUAAUGGGCCAUCCAGACCCCUAGUCAAUUUGUGGCCUACUUCUGGAGCUUAAUUCCUGUAAAAUGUUUAUUGCAGCAACUGCAAUUAAACAGUCUGUAGUUCGUCCUCCAAAGUCUGAAUGCUAUGUAAAUAAGUGCACAGUCAGUGUUUCUGUAAUGUUUACGCCCAGCCUCAGUUUACACAUUUAAUUUGCAGCAGUACUUACAAUUUCCCGGUUUGAAAUGCAUGGUUACUCUGGAUUUGUUUCA